AUGAAUGAAAAUAAGGAUAAACAGCUCAAACUAAAAGAAGUUGUUGUGCCUAGUCUAGUGCUAUUUCUUUUUGUUGAUUUAUAUAUAAUUGGAGUGUAUCUAGUAUCUAAUAACUGCGAUGUAAAUCUGAAGGCCUGGCUGCUAGGCUCUUUGUUCCUGAGUUUCCCAACCCUAGUGGCAUCUCAUAUGAUCAAAAAUUUUAUUGGAUCCACAUACGCUAUAUUGUUUGAGCUGAUUGCCACUUUGCUAGGAUUUAUUUGGAUGGUAUUUGGUUCGGUGCAGCUGAACUUAACAGCGACAUGUCAGAGCCAGAGCCCGUUGCUUUGGUGGACCGUUUUCGUUAGCGUCACAACUUUUUGGUGUUCAGUAGCGGGGAUGGUAGUAAGCCUCACAAUCGUCAGUUUAGUAUCAUUCUACUACAACAACAAGUGA